AUGUUAUCAACAAUUCUAAGAAGAUCAUCAUCUUCUUCAUCCGCAUUAGCCCCACAUCGGGCUUUUGCCGCCGCAACUCUUCUACACUACCACCAAUUUACGCCUGCCGCGUCAACAAUUCCUCCCAGAAAUGAGUCUGUUUCCUGUGCGAGUGCACCCUUUUCUUCUUUUCUUAGUUCUCUAAUCAGAGCUAGAGACUUUCAUGUGAAAUCUGGGCCGUUGGAUUUUAAGGCGAGUUCGGUGUCUCAAGCUGGGAUAGCUGUAGCUGAUUAUGACUGCGAUGAAGAGAAAGGGAAAGGGAGUGAAGAGGGGCUUGAUAUUUCAAAAUUAGGGAUUUCUGAAGAGAUUGUUGGUGCUUUGGCUAAAAAAGGGAUAACUAAACUGUUUCCCAUUCAGAGAGCUGUGCUUGUACCAGCAAUGCAAGGGAAGGACAUGUUUGGUCGAGCACGAACAGGAACAGGGAAAACACUUGCUUUUGGAAUUCCUAUAAUCGAUAAAAUUCUACAAUUCAACAAGCAAUACGGGAGAGGAAAGUACCCGUUAGCAAUGGUUAUGGCUCCAACAAGAGAACUUGCAAAACAAGUGGAGAAGGAGUUUCGCGAGGCUGCACCUAGUUUGGAUACCAUAUGUUUAUAUGGGGGUACUCCUAUUUCAAAACAAAUGAGGGAGCUUGAAUAUGGUGUUGAUGUUGUUGUUGGCACGCCUGGUCGUAUUAUUGAUCUGAUGAACAGGGGUUCCCUGGUUUUGUCAGAAAUUAAGCAUGUUGUUCUUGAUGAAGCUGAUCAGAUGCUUGGUGUGGGAUUUGUUGAUGCCAUUGAGACAAUCUUGUCAAGGUUGCCUCGGAAUCGGCAUAGCAUGUGCUUCUCUGCUACAAUGCCAAGUUGGAUCAGAGAGCUUGUCAGGAAGUACCUAAAAGAUCCACUGACUAUUGAUCUUGUUGGAGAUUCCGAUAAAAAGCUGGCUGAUGGAAUUACCCUCUAUUCAAUUGCCUCAGACAUGUAUGGAAAAGCAUCGAUUCUUGGUCCUCUGAUUACAGAACAUGCUAAAGGAGGAAAGUGCAUUGUUUUCACUGAAACGAAGCGUGAUGCUGAUCGAUUAGCAUAUGCCAUGGCAAAACACUAUAAAUGUGAGGCUUUACAUGGUGAUAUUUCACAGAUGAUGAGAGAAAGGACACUUUCAGGCUUCCGAGAGGGGCAUUUCAAUAUUUUAGUUGCAACUGAUGUUGCUGCUCGUGGUCUUGAUGUCCCUAAUGUUGAUCUGGUAAUACAUUAUGCACUUCCGAGAUGUUCAGAGACUUUUGUUCAUCGAUCUGGCCGUACUGGUCGUGCUGGGAAGAAAGGAACUGCAAUUCUUAUUUAUACAUCAGAUGAGUCCAGGCAUAUCAAGAUUAUUGAACGGGACACAGGGUGCAGAUUUUCUGAGCUCCCUAAGAUCGAUGUUGAUGGUGCAACCAUAGACAUGCACAGUGGCAUGGGUCGUGGACGAUCUAACUCAUUUGGAGGUCGUGGAUACGGUGAUAGUGGUCGGUUUGGUGGUUUUGGGAAUUAUGGAUCUGGGCAAGGCUUCAAGAAUUCUGGUUAUGGCCGUUCUGAUGGUCAAUUUUCUGGAUCUAGUUACUCAGGUAAUAACAGAAACCAAUCAGGGAAUUUUGGCCGUUCUAGCUCUUUUGGGGACUUUGGUUCAGGCCGUUCAAGCUCUUUUGGGGACUUCGGUUCAAGACGCUCUGGUGGAUUUGGCAACAAUUCAAGGCAAACAGGUGGUUCUCAGAGAAGUUCUUUUUUGGAUAGAUUUGGGGACUUUGAGAAGUGA